AUGCCACCCACCCUCCUUUCCAGGACCAACACUCACGAGCACCACACCCAUCACCCAGAAUCAACACAAGAUUCUCAAGAGGGUGUCACGCACGUCACAAUCGACGAUGAGACCGAACACGCAGUUGCAGGACUUCACAAGGCUGUCACCGAGCCCCACGUGAAUUCCGCAGUUGAAGAUUUGGAGAAAUAUCUGCAAAACGACCAAACUACCCCCGGACCUCCACCAUUGAGCGUAUGCUUCAAAUCGGUAACGACUUACGGUCGAGCAGGAGGCGCUGCUCCUGUCAAGACGCUCAAGGAAGCCAUAUGGAGGACCCUGACGUUUCAAGACAUUUACGAAGUGACAUUGAAGAAGAUUGUGUCACCUGCCAAAGCUGAAGAUGGUCGGCCGUUGAUCCGGGAUUUCUCGGGCGUGGUCCGAAAUGGACAGAUGAUGCUUGUACUGGGAAACCCUGGGUCCGGAUGCAGCACAUUUUUGCGAACCAUUGGAAAUGACCACAAGUUGUUCCUCAACAUCAAAGGCUCAAUUGACUACUCCGGCCUCUCACCAGAAGAAGUGUCCAAGAACUAUCGAGGCAUAGUUACCUACAUUCCCGAAGAUGAUCUUCAUCUACCAACGUUAACCGUCCGCCAAACACUCGACUUUGCGUUGCAGAACAAAACACCCAAGCGAUGGCUUCACCAAGCACCGCGCUUCAUUCAAGAGUUCGGUCAGGCAUUCGGUAUGACACAUGUCAUGGACACCCUGGUUGGUAAUGAGUAUAUCCGAGGCGUAUCAGGUGGUGAACGGAAGCGUGUUUCCAUUUUGGAGUCUCUGGCAUCUGAUGCGUCUGUGAGUGCAUGGGAUGGAUCCACGCGAGGACUCGAUGCGUCGUCUGCUGUUGAUUUUAUCCGGUCUUUACGUAUCAUGACGGAUGCUUGUCACCGGGCGACAGUAGUAUCGCUUUACCAGGCCUCGGAUGCUAUUUGCAAUCUCAUGGACAAGGUCCUGCUGAUCGACGAGGGACGGAUGCUCUACCAGGGCCCCAUCAAGAAUGCCGAAGCCUACUUCUACUCUCUAGGCUAUGAACGACUGCCUCGACAGACAUUGAGUGACUUUUUGACAAGCGUCGCUUCAGGCGAUGAGGACAAUAUUCGCCACCAUCUGAAAGACAAGGUUCCUCGCGGUGCCGAGAACCUCGAGAGAGCUUUCCGGCAAAGUCAAACAUGGCAAGACGUCAAAGACGACAUCGAACGUUACGAAGCAGAACGGAAUGCUAUCUCGGACGGAUCUUUAAUGAGCGACCAGACUCCCAUGCCAGACGCUUUAGCGACACACGUCAAGAACAGCAAAUCGCGCUAUGUCCGCUCCAAGUCGUCUUACAACACCUCCUUCUUUCGCCAGGUCUACCUUUGCGCCAAGCGUGACUUUUGGCAACUCAAAGGCCACAAAGCACCCUUCAUUUCCAAGUACAUCUGCAUAGUCAUCUCUGCCUUCCUCCUAUCUUCCAUGUUCUACGACAUGCCAGCUGACUCAGGCGGCGUGUAUUCUCGGGGCGGUUUCUGCUUUUAUUCUUCUGCAUUGGUCGCUUGGUUCCAACUGGCUGAGCUCGACGCUGCGUUCCAUGAUAGGACGGUAGUCAGUCGUCAGAAACGGUAUGCCAUGGUUCGACCUAGUGCCGUUGUUAUUGGUAAAGCACUGCUUGACGUCCCUUUGAUAUUCCUCCAAAGCGCGACGUACGCUAUCAUUGCCUACUUCCUCAGUGGAUUAAGGAUGGAUGCUGGUGCCUUGUUCAUCUUUCUCUCGUCAAUCUUUCUUGGUGCUAUGGGCUUUACGGCUUCGUAUCGUGUAUUCGGUGCUAUGUCCCCUCAACUAGAGGUCGCACUCAGAUACUGCGGUGUCUAUCUCAUCAUCGCCAUUGCUUGCGGUGGUUACGUACGGUCUGUUGGUCGAAUGAUUGCCGAUGUACCUUGGGUAGGCUGGUUGGCGUACCUGACUCCCGUCCCAUUUGCCUACGAAAACAUCAUGUCGGCUGAGUUCACAGGUCGAACGUUUCCCUGCGCAUCCGACUCAAUUAUUCCCGCGGGAUCGGCCUACGAUAAUCCAAGCUUCCAAGCAUGUGCAUCGAAGGGGUCUACACCAGGUCAACUCGAAAUUGACGGCAGCGAGUAUCUUCGAAGUGAAUUCGGCUUCAGCUAUGGUAAUAUCGGCCGAAACUACGGUAUCUUACUCGCGUUCACCUUUGGCUUCCUUCUAAUCAACAUGUUCAUUGUGGAGCAUGUGGACUGGGUACGCAGUGGUGGCUCACUCCUUGAAUAUGCGGGAUGUAGAAAGUCUGCAGCCAAACGUACUUGUGACGAGGAGAGCGUUGAGCAGCCGCAGGCUACAGGUGGAGUGGUCGAGUCUGCAUCCGGAAACGACGCCAACGAAAAGCUGGUUCAGUCUGGCUCGACGUUUACUUGGAGAAACAUAGAUUACACUGUUCCAUACCAGAACAGCGACAAGCAGCUACUUCAAGAUGUCUCUGGCUAUUGUGAGCCUGGCAAACUAACAGCUCUUGUCGGAGCAUCUGGUGCUGGUAAAAGUACUCUCCUCACCGUCCUCACACAACAAGCCAUCGGUACUGUCACAGGCGAAAUGCGAGUUGAUGAUCAGCCUGUCGAUUCAUCUUUCGGUAGUAGUGUCGGCUACUGUCAACAAAUGGAUAUCCACGUCAAAACCAGCACCGUUCGAGAGGCCUUUGAAUUCUCGGCACUCUUGCGACAGAGUGCCAGCACAAGCGACGAAGAGAAACGAGCAUAUGUUGACAAAAUCAUUGACGUUCUCGGGAUGAACGAAUUACAGAAUAUGGUUAUCGGCUCUUUGUCUCUGGAGAAGAAGAAGCGCACUACCAUUGGUGUGGAACUUUGUGCAAAGCCAAGUCUGCUGUUGUUCUUGGAUGAACCUACUAGCGGUCUUGAUAGCCAAGGAUCAAUGAGUAUUCUGCGGCUGCUGCGACGACUCGCUGAUGGAGGGCAAGCUAUUGUCUGCACGAUCCAUCAAGCAAGCCAGGAACAUUUCGAUCUGUUUGACAGGGUUCUCGCUCUCAACCGCGGUGGCAGAGUAUACUAUUUCGGAGCCGUCGCCAAAGUCCUUGACUACUUCUCAACUCGAGGCGUCCAAGCUCCUCCUCACAAGAACGUAGCAGACCUUCUGAUUGAGAUUCCCGUGCGAGAAAAGCCCCCAGCGGGUGAAGAAUCAUGGCCUGAUGUUUGGUCCAAGUCCUCCGAGGCAGCCGACGUACUCGAUACUAUUGACAGAUUCACAGCUGCGAAGGAUACCACCAACCCAUCCCAGAAGUCUGGUGAUGCCAAAUCUGGCUUCGCUUCCUCUACGUUGAGACAAGCCACUCUCCUCACAAAACGCACGCUGACUCAGUAUUGGCGCACUCCCAACUACGUCUACUCGCGCCUGUUCGCCUGCGUUGUCCAUGCUGCCCUCAAUGGUCUCAUCUUUUUACAGCUCAAUAACACCGAAGCAGCCAUGCAGUACCGUAUAUUCUCGGCAUUCCUAGUUCUUAUGAUCGUUCCUGAAAUCAUCAACGCGACGGCAAUGAUGUUUGAUGAGAACCGCAAUAUCUGGUUGGGACGCGAAUACCCUAGCCGUAUAUAUGGAUGGACGGCCUUCACCACAGCACAGAUUCUUGCUGAAGUACCAUUUGCGUUGGCAGGUGGUGUGUUGUUUUAUGUCUUGGUUUACGUCCUUGUCGGCUUUCCGUUUGGUGUCGUGGCUGGGUACACGUUUUUGAUGUUUAUUCUUUUUCAACUGUUCAUCACUUCUUGGGGACAAUGGAUUGCUGCUAUGAGCGCUGAUGCAUCAAUGGCUGCAAACAUCAUGCCGUUCUUUGUUAUAGCUGCCGAGCUUUUCAACGGUAUCCUGCAACCCGCAUCUCUCAUGCCAGCUAUCUGGCACUAUACGCUAUACUAUGUUGGACCAUUCACCUACUGGAUCUCUGGAAUCGUGACUAUGAUUCUUCCUCGCAUUGCAGUGCAAUGUGCUGAUUCAGAGCUCAUUCGCUUCAACGCUCCAUCAAACACGACCUGUGGAGCUUAUGCACAAGACUGGAUGGACACUACUAAAGGCUACCUUGCUGAUCCUGAUGCAACUUCAUCUUGCGGAUAUUGUCAAUAUGCCUCUGGCGAAGAGUACCUAUCUACACUGCAAGUCGAAGCGUCUGAUGCCUGGCCCUACUUUGCUAUCUUUGUCCUGUUCAAUGUUACCAACUACCUCUCUGUAUAUCUAUGGGUAUAUGUUAAAUCUGUUAAGGGGUGGCUCCCAUGGUAG